AGAAAACUCAAAAGAAGAAAGAGAGAGAAAGCUUUUUCCUUUCAAUCAAUCACAACAUUACGCGGAGAAGCCUUUAUUUAUUGAUCUUUGAACCCAGCCCCCACUUCUCAUCUACCGUUUACCUCUCCUCUCCCCUCCUCCAUUAAUUCCUGCUUCAUCUAAUCCACUACACACUGUUUACUCUGCUCAUUUUCUCAUACAAAUUCAUCAGCUUUUUGUUUUCACUAUGUCAGCGCUUGUUGCUCCCUUUGGGACUGCCUUGUGCUCUGUGUUGCUUUUAUUUUAAUUCCCAUUUGUAUUAAUUCCUGGAGGUGGGGUUGUUGGUGAGUUCCCUCUGGAAAACAAUUGAGGCUUUAUUCUCUGCCUCCUUUUUAAAGGGCAUUUCUUGAUUGCUGUGGAUCUGCAACUGCAACCGCGAUUUCUGGAAUGGGUAUUUUGUCUUUUUAAUUGUGGUUUUCUGUGGUUUUGAGGUUUCAAGUAUACUUCAGGUUUCUGAUGAGGAAAAGGGAUAUGGUAUGGUAUGGUUUGGUUUAGUGAAUAGAUGGUAGUUCAAUUCUUGGUUUGGAGGAGCCGAAGAUGGGAUCUGGGAAUGGGUUUUCCUCAGCUCAAGAGUUCAAUUUGGAUGCUAAGUGGUUGGUCGAUCCUAGGCUGCUUUUUGUAGGGCCAAGGAUUGGAGAGGGUGCUCAUGCCAAAGUAUAUGAAGGAAAAUACAGAAAUCAAAACGUUGCCAUUAAAGUUGUUCGGAGAGGGGAAACACCGGAGGAAAUUGCCCGGAGAGAAGCUCGGUUUGCUAGAGAGGUUGCAAUGUUAUCUAGAGUUCAGCAUAAAAAUUUAGUGAAGUUUAUUGGUGCUUGCAAGGAGCCUAUGAUGGUGAUAGUAACUGAGCUUUUACUAGGUGGGACUUUGCGCAAAUACUUUCUGAAUAUGCGACCAAGGCAGUUGGACUUGCGUGUGGCGAUUGGAUUUGCACUUGACAUAGCUCGUGCAAUGGAAUGCUUACACUCCCAUGGGAUCAUUCACCGUGACCUGAAGCCUGAGAACUUGAUCUUGACUGCGGACCAUAAAACAGUAAAAUUAGCAGAUUUUGGUUUAGCCAGAGAAGAGUCUCUGACAGAGAUGAUGACAGCUGAAACGGGGACAUAUCGUUGGAUGGCUCCUGAGCUUUAUAGCACGGUUACAUUAAGGCAUGGGGAGAAAAAGCAUUAUAAUCAUAAGGUGGAUUGCUACAGCUUUGCUAUCGUGUUGUGGGAACUCAUCCAUAAUAAGAGCUGGCUUGUUGAUAGUAGAGCAAUAGCAAAGAAAGUAAGGAAUGCCUCCCAGUCAUCUGCUCUUCAAAUCAAAGACUGUGGGGCACAUCGUGAAUGCCCUAGUUGCCACUAUCGCAUAGAUAACAGCGAUGUUUCUCAGGACUGGCCUGGUCUUCCUGCUGGGGUCAAGUUCGAUCCAUCUGAUGUAGAGCUUGUUGAACAUUUAGAAGCUAAGUGUGGUAUUGGAACCUCAAAGUCCCACACCUUUAUUGAUGAGUUUAUCCCAACACUAGAGUGGGAUCAGGGAAUUUGCUACACUCAUCCUGAAAACCUUCCAGGUGCAAAGAAAAAUGGAAAUAGUAUUCAUUUCUUCCACAGAACAAUUAAUGCUUAUGCUACUGGUCAGCGGAAGCGCCGCAAGAUCCACAAUCAACAUGAUCUAAAUCAGGAGCAUGUUCGUUGGCACAAAACAGGCAAGACUAAACCUGUCAUAGAAAAAGGGGUUCUUAAGGGCUGGAAGAAGAUCAUGGUUCUCUAUAAAAGUUCAACGAAGGGGUCCAAGCCAGAUAAGUCCAACUGGGUGAUGCAUCAAUACCAUUUAGGGAAUGAUGAAGAUGAGAAGGAAGGGGAAUAUGUGGUUUCUAAAGUUUUCUAUCAACAGCCAAAGCAAACUGACAAGAAUGAUGAGAGCCAGGUUAUUGAAGAACAGGAUAAUUUGACACUUCACACUAGUCCAAGGACCCCCAAAACAGUUCCUCCUAAUCCACCUCGGUCAGGGAAGUCUAUGGUUGAUGAUGAUUUUAUUGAUGAUACUACAAUACCUUCAACUCCCCAGGAUGCAAAGUUUGAUGUGGAAGCAUACUAUGACCAGCCUCCUCCUGUUCAACUUGAGGAUGACAUGGAGUACCCAACAUGGUUUGCAGGGGAAUCUCAGGCUGUAGAAAACCCUGACUUGACUAUGAUUGAUGAUUCUUUGUUAUGCAAGGAGAUUUUUGAUUCUUCUUCUCUUCUAAAUAGUUCAGGAAGAAAUCAUGUUUCAAAUACUGCUGGUGCUCUCAGCAGAAAUGAGGUGAAUGUUAAUGACAAUGCACCAUGUAGUAUUUCUGAGCUUGCAAACUUAGAGUUUGAUACCCCACCUGAUAUACCACUUGCUGAUUUGCAAUUUGGUUCCCAGGAGAGCAUUCUUAGCUGGUUGGAUCGACUAUAAAGAAUUAUCAUAAAGGAAAAGCUUUCCCGGGGAUAAACAAUUCCACUUUCUAUGGCAUCCACUUUUUAGGAACGUAGAGUUUGUUCUUCCUUGGUUUUCCAAGUUUUGGAGCUCCACGAAGCAUUAGGAUCAUCUCAUGCAGCAGAUGCAGAGAUGUUCUGCUUUUCCCAAAUGGUUGCAUGUUUAGGCCUCAACCUUGGAUUCUUCAUGUUGGAGAUUAAUACGAAAUCCGUGUUUCCAUAAUUUGGUGUUGUUGUAAUUAGAAAGUUUUAUUGAACUCUAGCAAAUGAUGAUCGUGAAGAACAUUGAUGACUUGUAUUAUAAGAAAAAUUGUGUUUGUUU